GAUUCUGACUUAGAUUACAGUUCACGCAGGGGUUCACGCAGCUGCCCUCAGAGGCUGCGGAAAGCUGGGCCUGACCUUACUCUCCGAGUCCCCGGGGUCUGGAUGGAGGUAGUGCGUGCCACGUUCCAGUCAGGGCUGGCCGCCGCUGACAAGUGUGAUACAGUUAAUAUUGGAGAUGUAUCCUACAAGUUGAAAAAUCCUAAGAACCCAGAACUUGUGCCACAAAACUACAUCUCAGACUCUCUGGCUCAAUCAGUAAUUCAGCAUCUAAGAUGGAUAAUGCAGAAGGAUCUUUUGGGGCAAGACGUCUUUCUAAUAGGACCUCCUGGGCCUCUUCGGCGCUCUAUUGCUAUGCAGUACCUGGAGCUGACCAAAAGGGAGGUUGAAUACAUUGCUUUGUCAAGAGACACCACCGAAACUGACCUCAAACAGCGGCGAGAGAUCCGCGCGGGCACAGCUUUUUACAUCGACCAGUGUGCAGUUCGUGCAGCUACAGAAGGUAGGACACUCAUCCUGGAAGGCUUGGAAAAGGCGGAGAGGAAUGUUCUGCCGGUUUUGAACAACUUGCUGGAGAACAGGGAGAUGCAGCUUGAGGAUGGACGCUUCCUGAUGUCUGCCGAGCGUUACGACAAACUUCUCCAGGAUCAUACCAAAACAGAACUGGAUGCCUGGAAGAUUGUCCGAGUUAGUGAAAACUUCCGAGUCAUUGCCUUGGGCUUGCCAGUGCCCAGGUACUCUGGGAAUCCAUUAGAUCCCCCACUCCGGUCUCGAUUUCAAGCCAGAGAUAUUUAUUAUCUGCCCUUCAAGGACCAACUUAAACUGUUAUAUUCAGUUGGAGCCAAUGUUCCUACUGAAAAAGUUUCUCAGCUCUUAUCCUUUGCCACCACUCUCUGUUCCCAAGAAUCUUCUACCCUUGGACUUCCUGAUUUUCCUUUAGAUAGUUUACCAGCUGCAGUUCAAAUCCUGGAUUCCUUUCCUAUGAUGUCAAUCCAACAUGCAGUCCAGUGGCUUUACCCGUACACUGUUUUACUGGGACAUGAAGGGAAGAUGGCUGUGGAAGGGGUUUUAAAACGCUUUGAACUCGAGGAUUCAAGAAGGUCUAUGCUUCCUGAGGAGAUUGUGAGAGUGGAAAGGACAACUGAAAACAAUGUCUUCCAAGCUUCUGUGACCAUCCGGAUUGCAGAAAAAGAGGUGACCAUCAAGGUACCAGCUGGGACUAGGCCAUUAAGUCAACCCUGUACAUCAGACUGUUUUAUACAGACCUUGAGCCAUAAACAACUACUGGCUGAAAUGAUGCAGUCUCACAUGGUUAAGGACAUAUGUUUAAUUGGAGGAAAAGGUUGUGGAAAAACAGUCAUUGCUAAGAACUUUGCAGAUACCUUGGGAUACAAUAUAGAACCUAUCAUGCUAUAUCAGGAUAUGACAGCGCGUGAUCUGCUGCAGCAGAGGUACACGCUUCCAAACGGAGACACUGCCUGGCGGUCCUCACCCCUUGUAAACGCUGCGCUGGAAGGAAAGCUGGUUCUCUUGGAUGGCAUUCACAGAGUCAAUGCGGGGACGCUUGCCGUGUUACAGAGGCUGAUCCAUGAUCGGGAGCUAAGCCUCUAUGAUGGCUCUAGGCUGCUGAGAGAAGACAGGUAUAUGCGCUUGAAGGAGGAGCUGCAAAUGUCUGAUGAGCAGCUACAGCAGAGAUCGAUUUUUCCUGUUCACCCCUCCUUCAGAAUCAUCGCCUUGGCAGAACCCCCUGUUAUUGGAAGCACAACACAGCAGUGGCUGGGGCCAGAAUUCUUAACCAUGUUCUUUUUCCAUUACAUGAAACCACUUGUCAAAAGUGAAGAAAUCCAAGUGAUUAAGGAAAUGGUCCCAAAUAUGCCUCCGGAAGCUUUGGACAAAUUGUUGUCAUUUACGCACAAACUCAGAGAGACACAGGAUCCAACAGCACAAUCACUGGCUGCAUCCCUUUCUACCAGACAGCUGUUGAGGAUUUCUCGUCGCCUGUCACAGUACCCUAACGAGAACCUUCACAACGCUGUCACCAAAGCCUGUCUUUCCAGGUUUUUACCAAGCCUUGCAAGGUCAGCAUUAGAAAAAAAUCUGGCAGAUGCUGCAAUAGAAAUAAGUACUGAUAAUAGUCCGGAGUCUGAUUUGGAGGAUUACAAAUGUGAAGUCUCUUCUGGAUCUCUGAGGAUUGGCGCGGUUAGUGCACCAAUCUAUAAUGCCCACGAGAAAAUGAAAGUGCCUGAUGUUUUGUUCUAUGACAACAUCCAGCACAUGAUAGUGAUGGAAGAUAUGCUCAAAGACUUUCUUCUUGGAGAACACCUAUUAUUGGUUGGAAACCAGGGUGUAGGAAAAAACAAGAUUGUUGAUAGAUUCCUUCACCUGCUCAACAGACCCCGAGAAUAUAUCCAGCUGCACAGGGACACCACAGUCCAAACACUUACUCUUCAGCCUUCUGUUAAAGAUGGACUUAUUGUAUAUGAAGACUCACCUUUGGUUAAAGCAGUAAAAUUGGGUCAUGUUCUGGUAGUAGAUGAGGCAGACAAGGCUCCAACAAAUGUCACCUGUAUUUUAAAGACUCUGGUAGAAAAUGGAGAAAUGAUUCUAGCAGAUGGACGACGCAUUGUUGCAAAUGCUGCACUAGUCAAUGGAAGAGAAAAUGUUGUAGUGAUUCAUCCUGAUUUUAGAAUGAUUGUUCUGGCCAACAGACCUGGAUUUCCUUUCCUAGGCAAUGAUUUCUUCGGUACCUUAGGUGAUAUUUUUAGCUGCCAUGCAGUGGAUAAUCCCAAACCCUACUCAGAACUCAAGAUGCUCAGGCAGUACGGCCCAGAUGUGCCUGAGCCCAUCCUUCAGAAGCUCGUCGCUGCCUUUGGAGAGCUGAGGAAUUUAGCUGACCAGGGUAUUAUUAACUACCCUUAUUCUACCAGAGAGGUUGUCAACAUAGUCAAGCAUUUGCAGAAAUUUCCCACUGAAGGUCUGUCCAGUGUGGUUAGGAACGUGUUUGACUUUGAUUCCUACAACGACGACAUGAGGGAGAUUUUGAUUAACACUUUGCACAAAUACGGAAUACCAAUCGGAGCAAAAACAUCCAAUGUGCGGCUGGCGAAGGAGUUGCCUCUGCCGGAGCAGACCUUCAUGGGCUACUGGACAAUUGGUCAGUCAAGAAAUGGAAUGCAAAAACUGCUGUGUCCAGCAGAAACUCAUCAUAUAGACGUUAAGGGUCCAGCACUUAUAAACAUACAGGAGUAUCCAAUAGAAAGACAUGAAGGAAGAUCCCAAACCUUUACUGAAGAAUGUAGCUCCUGGAGGUUACCAUUGGAUGAAAUGAACUUAAUCUGUGAUGUUGCUACAACACAUGAAAAUGAGGAAAAUACUCUCUAUGUAGUUGCAUGCAAUCCCGUGUCCUUAUACUUUAUGAAUAUGACUGGGAAAAGUGGCCACUUUGUGGACCUUUUCGACAUCUUCCCGAGAACGGCCAGUGGAAUCUGGCAUCCAUUUGUGACGGUGGCACCGCUGGGAAAUCCCCUAAAGGGUCAAGUGGUUCUCCAUGAGCAGCAGAGCAAUGUCAUCCUGUUGCUGGAUCCCGCUAGCCAAGCCCUUCGCCGUCUCGUCCUGCCUUCAGAAGAAUUUACAAUGAAGAAAACUUCCUGGUGGAACAAGGAGGAAGCUGAAACUUACAAAAUGUGUAAAGAGUUUUCACACAAAAACUGGCUAGUGUUCUACAAAGAAAAAGGGAACACCCUGGCUGUGCUGGAUGUUCUAGAAGGGCGAACUCACACCAUCUCGCUUCCCAUCAACCUCCAGACGGUUUUUCUUGUAGCAGAAGACAAAUGGCUUCUGGUGGAGAGUAAAACAAAUCAGAAGUACCUUUUAACUACACCUGCACACAUCGAAUCUAAGGACAGUGGGGUCUGCCAGUUGUAUGUGUUGAAAGAGGAGCUUCCUAGCCCAGGGUUUGGAGUCAUGCAAGAAACAGACCGCAGCAUACCUCAUACAAUUUCAAGUAAUCAACUAUCAUCUGAAAAUCUGAGUUCAGCUGUGGGACAAAAGAUUGACUCUCCAAACCGAAUUCUCUCAGAUAAGAAUAGUUAUGCUAUAGUUGUUGUUGGUUUCCCAGAUCUCAUGUCACCUAGUGAAGUUUAUUCUUGGAAAAGGCCAUCAUCUUUGAGUAAAUCAAGAGUCACUGAUACAACAUUCUAUGGAGGAAAGAAGAAAAGUGGAACCGCAAAACAGAGCAAUUGUGUGACUCUCUUGGAUACUAAUCAGAUAGUCAGGAUUUUGCCCCCAGGAGAAGUCCCUCUAAAAGACAUCUACCCAAAAGAAUGUCGCAUGUCAGACUCUCUCUCACCGUAUACCACGUGGCUGUCUACUAUCUCGGACACAGACGCACUGCUAGCUGAGUGGGGCAAGGGUGGCGUUGUCACUGUUGAUAUGGGAGGCCGUGUCCGGCUUUGGGAAACGGGCCUUGAGCAUCUGCAGCGGUCACUCAUGGAAUGGAGAAACAUGAUUGGAGAAGAAGGUGAUAGACACAUGCAGGUAACAAUUGAAAGAGAGAGCGGUGAAGACGUGAGCUCCCCGAAGCACGGGAAGGAGGACCCGGACAACAUGCCACACGUGGGUGGUAACACUUGGGCUGGCGGCACAGGUGGAAGAGACACCGCAGGCCUGGGUGGCAUGGGAGGUCCUUACCGGCUGGACGCAGGCCACACGGUCUACCAGGUCUCUCAGGCCGAGAAAGACGCUGUUCCGGAGGAGGUGAAGAGAGCGGCGAGAGAGAUGGGCCAGAGAGCGUUUCAACAGAGGCUAAAGGAGAUCCAAAUGAGUGAAUAUGAUGCUGCCACCUACGAAAGGUUUUCGGGGGCUGUUCGACGACAGGUGCACUCCCUCCGAAUUAUCCUGGAUAAUUUACAGGCGAAAGGCAAAGAAAGACAGUGGCUAAGACACCAAGCUACUGGGGAGCUAGAUGAUGCCAAGAUCAUCGACGGGCUGACUGGAGAAAAGGCCAUCUACAAACGCCGGGGUGAGCUGGAGCCACAAAUGGGCAGCCCCCAACAGAAACCCAAGCGCCUGCGCCUGGUGGUAGACGUGUCAGGCAGCAUGUACCGCUUCAACGGGGUGGAUGGCCGGCUCGAGCGCUCAAUGGAAGCCGUGUGUAUGGUCAUGGAGGCCUUCGAGAACUAUGAGGAGAAGUUUAAGUAUGACAUCGCUGGACACUCUGGAGAUGGAUACAACAUUGGUCUAGUACCAAUUAACAAAAUCCCCAAGGACAAUAAGCAAAGACUAGAAAUUCUCAAGACGAUGCACGCCCACGCUCAGUUCUGCAUGAGUGGGGACCACACCUUAGAGGGGACGGAGCAUGCCAUCAAGGAAAUCGCCAAAGAGGAAGCUGAUGAGUACUUCGUCAUCGUCUUAAGUGAUGCGAACCUGUCUCGCUAUGGAAUACAUCCUGCCAAGUUUGCCCAGAUCCUGACAAGCAACCCUCAAGUGAAUGCUUUCGCCAUCUUCAUUGGCUCUUUAGGCGAUCAAGCAGCCAGGCUUCAGAGAACUCUACCAGCGGGCCGGUCUUUCGUUGCCAUGGACACCAAGGACAUCCCUCAGAUUUUACAACAGAUUUUCACCUCCACCAUGCUGUCCAGUGUUUAAGAAGUGCCCUUAUCACCCUGGUGACCCUAGGAUUUGAAAUUAGAUACGAAGAAAGUAUCCUGAAGAAAAGAAGAGGUCUAUCAAGUGUCCAUGUGCAAUGACUGGAUAAUUCUGGCAUUCCUGGGCCUUCCUGCACUUGCUAAGUAAUCAGAAUUCAGAGAAGCAUCCAGAGUGAGGCCCAUGCACCACUGAGGUGUGAUCACUAGAGGAAGCAAGUUGACCUGCAUUAUGUGAAAGGUCAGGGUUAAAGGAAGGUGGUUUGAGAAUGGUGGUGCAUGGUCUGUUUCCAAAACCCUAAGGGAUGAAGAGGACCUUGCUGUUGCCUUAAUGCAUCACCUGGUCACUUAGGAUGAAAAAAGUGACCUCGGUAAACGAAGCCUUUGAUGCCACAUUCUGACACUGGAAUGCAACUCUAUGCAAACCCACUGAAUCUGCUCCUGUUCAGUAAUUAUUUUUAUUUUUUUUCCUCUGCUCUGUAUUGCCCAACAAACAAGGAUUUGAUAGUCUUCAACCCACUUAAAAGUCCUUUCAACAACAGUAUUCUAUAAAAGGUUGGGUUUUCUCAAUAAUUUCAUUGUCUUAGCCAAAACCAAAAGGAAUCAAAAGCUCCUUGGAGUGCUUCCUUUCCCAUGUGACUUUUAAAGGGCUUUUUAAAGAAUAAAGAGCAAACGCUGCUGGGAUUGGGAGGAUAAAAGAUGUCUUGCCUCGAGUUUACUGUCUCUUCUCCUUCAGGGCUUCUCAAAGUUUCACAGUCCUCCAUUUUGGUGUCAAAAAUGUAGCAGCUCAAAAUAACAAACACUUAUUUUUUUUUUUUUUAACCUAAAAUGAAGUGAAAACAAGGCAGGAUGUUUGAGCUGAAUGGUAACUGGAGAUUUCUUUAGCUAUUUAAAUAAACAGCCUUAUUCGUUUUUUUAAAAAA